UGCCUGGACUCUGGUGGUUAGCAAGGAAAACAUCAGUCUCGCACUGAGUCGUAGUAGAAAAGAAUUUCUAGCUAGUUGAAAAUGUCGGGUUGCCUUGCGCUUCCAGGAUGCUGCAGAUGUUGCCUGGAAGAGCAGACUGACUCUAUCGAUCUGUACUCUACUCUGGAGGAGUUUAAUUCUCCGAUACGUGACUUGCUAGAGGACUGCAGUGGAAUCACGAUUAACGACGAUGAUCACUUUCCGAAGAAUAUCUGCAGUAACUGUUUGGGUGAUUUAUCUAAAGCAACACGUUUUCGAGUGCGAUGUUUAAAGUCUGAAGAGAUACUGAAGAAUAUAAAAAUUGACAUCAAAGAACCCCGAAAGUAUGAAAACGAGCAAGUAGUACGUGACGACGUGAUUGAUCCGGUGGCCAAAUCAGAUGACUUGGAUGAGGAUCAAUGUUCGAAGCGUAAUGAGGACGAUGUGACAGAGGAGAAAUGUGAAAGCAUAGGAGAGGAGCAACCAAAUUUAGAAAAAAAUCAAAUGAUCCAAGAAAAGCAACAUUUGCAAGAGUCAUCAAAAAUUGAAAAUGAAUGUACACCAUCGGAAGAUGAGAACACCAAGCGGAACCUUCGUUUACUUGAAAAACAAGACGACGGCGAAUGCUCACGUCAGUUUGCAAUAAACGUUAAUGAGUUUCUGAAGAUAGAAGAGAAGGUAAACAUCGGAAAUGAAGAUCUGCCAACCGAACAAGAGACGGCUGGAUAUCAUUUGAAUGAUUCUGACAUAAAGUUAGCCAAGGACGAAGCAGUUGAUGAGGGUACUAACGAAAAGGCAGAUAACUCAACGGUUCAAUGUAGCGUAUGUAGACAAGAGUUUCAGGGCAGCGAUGAACUGCACCGACACAUCCGAAUUCAUUCGGAAGAAAAAAUGGAGCUUAAAUGUUACAUCUGCUGCAAGAGGUUCACUCUUAAGAGCGCUCUGAUCAGACAUCGGCGCAUUCAUACGGCCGAACGUACGCAUAAAUGUAAUCAAUGCGACAAAAGCUUUGCUGCGAGAUUUUCCCUCAUAAGACACAUGCUUAUUCAUAGCAACGAACGGCCACACAAGUGUGAAGUCUGUGGCAAAGGAUUUAACAUGAAAACCACACUUAAAAAACACCGAAUGAUGCACACCGGCGAGCGACCGCACAGCUGCGACAUUUGUGGAAAAACUUUCACGACAUCCAGUUCCUGCAUAAAGCACAAACGCAUUCACACUGGGGAACGGCCAUACAAGUGCCACCUGUGUACGAAAUCAUUUAUUUCCGGUAGUCAACUGAAGGUUCACAUCCGUUUUCAUACCGGUGAUAGGCCAUACAAAUGUGAGAUCUGCGGUAAAGGGUUUACCGUUGCACAUUCGUUGAAAUACCACCGGCGCAACAGUUGCAUCAGUGCGAUUAAAAUCGAGGAAAGCAAAGAUAACAAUGUGACACAUAAAUGCGAAACUUGUGGGAUGGAGUUCGUGAAACUGGCAUUCCUCAAAAGACACAUGCGUCAGCAUUUGAACGAUCAACCGCUGAAUUGUGGAACUUGCGGUAAGAUCUUUCUGAAAAGAGCCGUUUUACUGAGGCACAUGCUUUCGCAUAGCGGCGAAAAGCCACAUAAAUGUGACGUCUGUGGAAAAUGCUUCAGCACAACCUGCGCCCUCAAACGUCACCGGCGAGUUCAUACGGGCGAACGACCACACAAAUGUGAUUUCUGCGGUAAAGGAUUUAUCACGCGAAGUGAACUAACACGUCACAGGCCAGUUCACACGGGCGAAAGACCUAUAAAGUGUGAGAUUUGUGGCAAAGGUUUUAUCACCAACAGCCAUCUUAAGCUGCAUAAGGCCAGUCACGCCAACCAAGGUAUCCUGGAAUGUCAUGUUUGCGGCAAAAAGUUUACCAUCAGAAGAAAUCUCAUUCGACACGAACGAAGGCAUGUGGCAGUUCGAGCGCAUAAAUGUGAAAUCUGUAAAAAAGGCUACAUCACGAGGAGCCUUCUCAAACGCCACAUGCUCAGUCAUUCGAGACCGGCAAAGGAACGUGCCGCCGACGAAGACGAUAAAGGUCCUUAUAAGUGUGACAUUUGCGAUGUCAAGUUUGAAAAGGGUACCCUUUUCCGGCGACAUGUUAGAAAACACGAACUACCGCACAAAUGUGACCUGUGCGGUAAAGGAUUCACGAUCAGAUCGCUUCUGAUGCGACACAAUCUUUCGCACACCGGCGAGCGGCCACACAAAUGCGACAUUUGCGAUAAGGCAUUCAGCACCACUUUCGCGGUAGCCAGACACAAGCGAGUACACACCGGCGAGCGGCCACAUAAGUGUGACAUCUGUGGUAAGGAAUUCAUCGCCGGUGGUCAGCUGACACAGCACCGGCGCGUACACACGGGCGAACGGCCCAACCAUUGCGAUAUCUGCGGGCGCGGAUUCAUGAACAACACACUGCUCAAACGGCACAAACGGUCUCACGCGGCCGAUCGGUUGCACGAAUGUAACGUCUGCGGUGCGGAGUUCAAUGCGGCCAUCGAUCUUUCCAGACACAAACGGUCCCAUGCCCAAGAAAGUGACAGUGAGGGCCUGUAGAUUACGCACAGGAUAAUAGUUUUUAAGGUUUUUAAGGUUUAAUUUAAAUCCCAGUUUAUUUCUUUUAAAUAUUCUGACAUUCGAAAAAGUUUGUUUUUUAUUUCAAAAAUUAUAUCAAGAUUAAGAUAAAGUGUAUAAUUUAUGGAAGAUUCGAAAGGUUUUCUUUUUCAGAAAAAAAGUGCAUGAGUAAUCCAGCUUGAAAAGCUUUCUAGUCGAAGAGAUCUUCAGCUAGUAUUUGGUUUAAAAUUUCCUGCAAAUGCGAGCGUCAUAAGCAGAUUUAUUUAGAAGCUAAAUACACGAAUUGUACACUGCCAGAGCUGACAAAAUGGAAUCCAACAUUUUAUCGGUAUGGUAGUAGCAUUUUUAUCAAUAAAUACUGUAACUAAAGAAA